AUGGCAUCGGUAUCAGUCCAAAUCGAAUCGUUGCCGCGACAGCAACUCUUCCCGAAGAAGCUGGAAAAAUAUCGAAAUAAGUGUAUAUAGAGAGAUUGGGCCGAGAUCGAGCGAGAAAAACGACAUUGACAUUCAAGCGGGCGCGCUAAUUGAUCGAAAGAGCCCCUUAACGCCCGGGUCAAGUGCUCUCAAUUGGAAGUGUCAGGUGGCAGAAUGGGGCAUCUGCUCCGGAUUCCGAUUCCCAUUCCAAUUCCAAUUCCGCUGCUAUUGUUGUUUUUCGGAUCUGUCGUUUGGCCGGUUUUCGCCAGAUCCGAAGACCAGACCACCGUCUGUGGAUCGCUGGAGAUAAAUGAGAUUGCGGACUUCCGGAAACUGCAGAACUGUACGCAUGUGGAGGGUCACAUACGGUUGGCCUAUGUGGAUUUGACCGCUGCAGCCGGCAAUUAUAUCAUCGAAUCGCUGGCCAGCAAUGUCACCGAAAUCAGUGAUUAUCUAAUGGUGUACAGGUGCACCGGGCUGAUCACCCUUCAGUCGAUAUUCCCCCGACUGCAGAUCAUUCGGGGACACUCCCUUCUGUUCGAUGAGUACUCCCUGGUGGCCUACGAGAAUCGGAACCUCAGGGAACUUGGUCUCGUGGAGCUGCUGCGCAUCCAGAAGGGCUCCAUUCGCAUCGAAUCUAACCCCUUGCUGUGCUUCGUGGAAACCGUCGAUUGGCUCUACCUAAUGGGCAAUUCUACUCAGCAGCACUAUUCCCUAAAACACAACAGGCCGCAGAGCCAGUGUCCUUUGUGUGACAGCCUGUCAUCGGAUUUCGAUUCGGUUAAGAACUCCUCGGAGCAUUGCUGGAACGUGAACACCGCGCAACUUCGUCUCCUGCCACCGCGCUCCAAGGACUGCCCCAAGGCCUGUGGACAAAAUGGAUGCGAUGAAGCGGGAAAAUGCUGUGAUCACAACUGCGUCACUGGGUGCUACACCCAAGGUUGCUCCCUGUGUGGAAAUUAUCAGGGAAAAUGGGGCUGUGUGAAUCAGUGUCUCAUGAGUUUCGAAAUAAACAAAAGGAGGUGCAUUAACAACAGGGAGUGCCGGGAACUGGGAAGGAUUCCCUUGGUUCGUGGCUACCAGUGCGUAAAGAAGUGUCCUGGAAAUCAGAAAAAGGUCCUGGACACUAAGGGAAUGGCCCAUUGCCAGGUGGAGUGCAAGGGCGAUUUCCAUAUCAAGGUGGCUGCAGACUUGGAGUCUCUGCAGGAUUGUGUGACCAUCAAUGGUUCACUGACCAUCGAGCUGACAAAUAUUAAGGAGAAAAUAGUAGAAGCCUUGGAAAAUGCUUUGGUUAGUGUUAAAGAGAUCACUGGCUAUCUGAAAGUAAUACACUCCGCACAGCUGAUGUCACUCACAUUUCUGCAGAAUUUAGAUGCCAUAAGAGGGGAUAAGCUGGUGGAAAACAGGUACGCCCUCUAUGUGGUCAACAACUACCACCUGGAGCACAUUUGGCCACCCAAUCACCAGGUGAUCAUUCAGCGCGGCAUGCUCUUCUUCCACCUGAAUCCCCGUUUGUGCUACGAAAAGGUCCACCAGUUGCAGAGCUCCCUGAAGAGCGGGGAGAACAUAUCUGUGGCCGAUGUAUCGCCCAAUUCGAACGGCGAACGCGUGAUUUGUGGCGACGGAGUGCGCUCCCUCACGCCCAAAGUGGAGGAUUUAAAUUCCACUGCGGUACGCAUUAUCCUGGACUACAUGGACUGGGAGGGCAUGGAAACGCUGAUAGGAUAUUCGUAUUACUACAAGGAAGCCCCGCUGCAGAACGUGACUAUGUACGAUGGUCGGCAUGGUUGCGGUCAUGACAACUGGCUCAUGGAUGUUUCGCCCAACAAGAGUCGACGUCAUGUUAUAAGCGGCCUGAAGCCCUAUACACAGUAUGCGUAUUUCGUGAAGACCCUCACCAGAACCGAAUACCAUAUUCAGAUGGACGCCUACUCGAAAAUCGGUUACUUUCAAACGCUGCCCGAUAGGCCAAGUCCCGUGGUCCGUAUAUAUGGUAGCUCGGUAACUACCUCCCAAAUUGUUUUGCAUUGGUGGUCACCGAGUCGUCCGAAUGGUGUGAUUUCGAAAUAUUUCGUCUAUUCCGAGAAGCACAAUGUCACCAAGGGGGAAAAGGAGAAAAACUAUUUGAUUUCGGAGGCAUCAAAUAUCAAGGAUCUGGACUGUGAGUGCAUAGAUGUGCAGCCGUACGACUCGGGUCCUCAGCCGGAUGACGAGGAUUACUACAACAAGGAGCAAAUCACCUAUGAAGAUGCGCUGCCCAAUCUCAUUUACGUUUCACGCUUUUACGACUAUCGCCGAAGGGAAUUCGAAAAGGUGAUAAACUACGAGCAUAUGUUGUCCCUAAAGAAGGAGGAGGAGCCCGUCACUCCGGCGCCAACCACUCCAGCGCCCACAAACGAAACCAUCGAGAAGGACAAGGCGGACGCACUGACCUACGAGAAAUUCCGACUGAACAGUGAGCAGAAGAUGAGGGACCAACAGGACGUGGGCAGGGAAAGGUACAAUAUCCGUCAUGCCCUGCCCAAAUGCCAGAACUCACACGCCUCGGUGGUCCAGCAAGUGGAGGACAAAUGCAUCGUCGAGGAGCCCAUGACUGGCAUCGAGGUGCCGGCCGGUCAGCAUUCCUACACCCUGGCCCAACUGGAACCGGACACCGUUUACCGGAUCUCAGUACGGGCCUGUGUCAACGGCGUGGUCAACGGGUGCUCCACUCCGGCGGAAACUCAGAUCAAGACUGCCAGCCUGCGAAAGGAGCGAUCAAUAGUUUAGUUUACCGAUCAAAACCGAUUUGUGUUAGCUGACAAGUGAUAAAUGCUAGACCCAUAUGACAGUAGGCCAUGUGAAGAACUUGACGAUGUGAUCUGAAACCUUUAGGGAAACCCAAAAUUUAUCAAAGUAUUCGAUUUUGAAAAUUUGACAAAGGUUAUUAAUCCUACAAUUUCCUGUUCAAUUAAUUUAUUUUUAAAAUUUUUGCUGUUUUAGUAUUUUAUAGGUUUUAUUUUGUGUUUACAUAUUUUCCUUCGUCCCUUCUUUGUUAUUUUACAAUGAUGACUGAUUUACCUUUUUAUUUUUUGGUUUCAAGAAUUGUAAUCCCAGCUUCAAGCUCACAUCUUAGUGCCUCGUCAUAUGGGCCCAACUAAGUAUUGUAAGUCAAGUGACUGUAGUUGCCUUAAUGUUCCUCGCAAUGUAUUGUAAAUGUGUAAAUGCCAAACAAAUCCUCGACAAGCGA